AUGUCAGAAGGUCAUGCGCCUGAUGAUGCCGUGCCUAUGGACACCAGUGACGUGGCCGUGGCUGGCGACGCGGCUGCCGAUGCUGUCCCGACCGUCUCUCCGUCCGACCCUUCCGGGUCCGAGAUGGAGGUAGAGCAUGAUGAUUCGGAUUCGGAUGAUUCGUAUUCUGAAGUGUCGGUCGGUCCACACGAGCCAGACGUUGCAGCAGGGGUUGGGCCACCCAGCGUGCCCACGACGCUGGACAGAGUGGGUCCAGUUUUGCCAGGCUCGCAGAUACAUGUGCAGUAUCACACGCACAACCACUGGUGCACCACCACUCACAAUCACUACCACAGUCACGCCGCCUAUAAGCACAAGCACAAGCAUAUCACUAAGCACAUACAUGUGCAGAUGCGUGCCACCCCAGCCCCGACAGUCUCGACGUUGCCGUCGCCUAAAGCUGUCCUUGACGCCAACGAUGAUGGUGCUCACAACGGUGAGCAUCAAACCUGGCCGUGCCUGACGGCAGCACCUGCUGACGCCAUAGACUUGACCUCAGACUCCGACUCCGACGUUGUCUUGGAGCACGAUCACGGCAGCAGGGAUAGCACUGGUAACGGCGAGGCUGGUUGCAGUCAUGACUGUGCGACAGAGAUCGAUGAGGUCCAGGAGAAUGAGACGACGUCUGAGCACUCAGAAGACUUGGAAGUGCACCGCGCAGAUGGACCAGAUGGUAGUUCCAGUAGUUCCAGUGAUGACGCACCGUUGUGUGCUGGAAGCCUUUGCUCAUGA